AUGCUCUGGCUCGCUUGGGGUCUAGUCUCCCUUGUCGUCCCGGCCGCGUCUCAGACGACGGGUAACAAUCCGCAAUGGGAUCGAUGGUGUGGGAAAGUGUAUCAGCCUCAAUAUCCUAGCUUCGAUCCGGGCGGUCAAAUACCAAACCCGCCCGAGAUCUCAGGCCCGCCGCAGCUCCACGUCCAAUUCAAGCCGCGGUUCAGCAUCUACCUGUCCAACGAGCAAAAGGGUGAGUUCGUCAUCAAUGCGGAGCUGUCAAAGUACUUUGGCGCCCCGCUGGCCGAGUCGAGGCAAAAGGCCGGCCUGGCGUACAACAUCACGCUCGACUCGACCGGCAAGCAGCUGGCGGCGGGGACAGUGGCCAUCAACUCGACGCGCAACGUGGUCGCCUUCGACCUCGCGGGCGCCGUGGAGCCCUCGCGCACGGCACAGGCCGUGGUGCUCAGGGGCUGGGUGAGCGCGGACGGCGGCACCAACGGCGACGGCGACGGGGCCGAGCUGCGCGUCUACACGGCCACGGCGGACCUCUUCUUCCUGCCGGACAAGACGCGGGGCAGCGCGACGCGCAUCGACAACCUCAACGGCGGCCUGCAGUUCCGCAACACGGCUUCGAACCAGACGUGGCGCCCGCUGCUGCCCUACGGCUACUACGCCUCGUACGAUGGGUUCCUGGGCCAGAACGACACGAGCCUGAUCCAGAGGUACGCCGGCUUCGGGCUCAACUCCAUGACGCCCCUGACGACGUACCCGGUGUCGCGUGAUGCGUUUGCGUACAUGGGGAGGAUCAACCUGCCCUUCAUGUACGACCUGCGGGACAACUAUCAAAACAGGACCUGGGUCGAGGAAAAGGUUCGGCCGGUUGUUGAUGACGAGGCCCUGUAUUCGUAUUGGGGUGGCGACGAACCCGACGGCCACCAGCAUCCUUUCAACUGGACCGUCGACUCGGUCAGCCUCAUCCGCAAGCUUGACCCCUACCACCCAGUCUCGGUGACGCUGAACUGCCAAAACUACUACUUUGCCGAGUAUUCGGCCGCGGCCGACUUCCUGAUGGAGGACGUGUACCCCAUCAUCGUCAACGCGACCUUUUCCAAGUGGGGCACGGCCUGCAACGCGACCUACGGCGACUGCGGGUGCGACAACUGCGACGGCAACGUGCGCGACGUGUCGCGGCGCCUGGACGACAUGAACCGCUACGAGCGCAUGCUCGGGCGCUGGCCAAAGACAAAGUUCCACAACCCGCAGAGCUUCCACGGCGAGGGCUACUGGCCCAGGGACCCCACGCCCGACGAGUCCUACGUAAUGAACAUGCUGGCCUUCAACCACGGCGCCACCGGCAUGGUCGGGUGGCUGUACCCGCCCACGGACCUGCUGGCCACCGCCCACGGGACCCUGUCCAAGGUCGUCACCGCCUCGCCCGUCCUCGACUUCUUGGUCAGCGAGGGCGAUGGGCCGCACAAAAUUGAGGUGGAGGGGCUGAAGGACGACCAGAUAGACGUCGCGUUUUGGCGCAAGGGGGACAAGGAGGUCCUGGUCAACAUCGUCAACCCGAGCGAGUCGCAGAACAGGGACAGAGUCAGCUUCCCGAUGCCCGGGGGUGCGGGGGCCCGGAUCGAAAAGGUCCUCUGGGGUGACACCGGGAUAUGGGAGCUUGACGAGGGCGGCAAGAACAUCCGCUCCAGGACGGGGUUUGGUAAAAUGUCGGCUAGUCUUUUGCUUAUAACGCUGGCAUGA